AUGACAUUGACGACAACGACGACAUUCGAGUCUCUCCAACAAUUGACGCAGCAGGGAGACAUGCUGGACACCCACAAAAUGGCCGACACAGCUGUGACCCUUGGUCGCACCGACGAUUACAUCCUUGUCUCGAAGCCCAAGAAGGGCAUUGCCUACGUCGAGGCCCGCCUCAAGGACGACAGGAUUCUUCUCUCUAGGCUCGAACAAGAAUGGAGUCCGCCCAAGCUCAAAGACGAUACCGUCAUUUCCCUCGAGGCAGACCUCCUAAAAGAGCCCGUUUUCCACAAGGGCGUCCCCAGCGAGUUGUUCCACUCCCUUCGCGUCGUUGAAUUCCAGGGCCUUGAUCCCACCACUCGCGUCGUCUCCAUGCGUGAUGUUGCCAUCAAGGUCAACCUGUACCGUUGCACUCCCGAGUCGCCCUCUGUGUCCGAUGACGAGAUCGUCACCAUGCUGCCCAGUUCCACGCUUGACGGUCUCUGGGAACUCUUGGUCCUCGACCAUUCUGUUCAAUCUCGCAUCCUGCGAUGGGUCAACAACUACGCCAUGAGUCGCACCACUCAGCUGCCUCUUGCUUCAUCCGCAGCUAGUUCCAUCGUCCCUCUGCUCGGUCCAACCGGCUCUGGCAAAACAACAUUGACCAAGGCCCUCGCCCAAAAAGUGGCCAUCCGCUUAUGCGCAACCCACGAAACGAUCCGGCUGGUCGAAGCUGGCUCGCGGCAACCAUACAAUUUCAACCACUUUGCCAGGGGCGCCCUCGAGGAUCCAUCUUGCCUCCAUAUUCUCAUCAUCGACAACGUUGAAGCCAUUGCUUGGUCUUGCAAACGCCCAGAUGCCGAGCAGCACAUGAUCGAGACUGUUCGAAUCACAAGUCUCUGCCUUGCGGGCCUUGAUGUCCUGAGAGCAGUACCCAAUGCACUGGCCUAUGCUACAUGCAGCAUGGACACCAUGCUUGACGAUGGCCUUCUCGAUAGAUGCAGCAUCACGGCAAAUUUGACUUUGCUCAAGGCUCCCGAGCGCUACGAGAUGCUUCGACGCCGGCGUCAAGCCUGCGCGAAUUGCAGUAGCAUCCAUUGCGCCUCCUGGCUAUCUACUGUUACGCCGUUCUCCAGGAUCUCACUGUCGGCGAAACCGAAGACAACAACCCUGGCUCCCAGGUUCUUCGUCUGGCGAGAGUUGUCGGAAAUGACGCCUUCGCCCGGUUUGUGGCCUAUGUCGUCACCCGUGCUAUGA